AUGGGUGUAGGCCCAGCUCAGCACAAGCUGAUCCUAGGCAGCUCUGGAGGCUCCCCAGAGCCAGACCCCCUGCCCUCACAGGGCCCUGUCCCUGUGCCGUACUCCCCCGGUUUCAGCCACCCCACCUUACUGACCUUUUUCUUCACAGGUGGCUUCUACAUGCUCCUGGACCCCAAGAAUGCAAAACCAAAGCAGCAAUCUGUUCUUCUGAGCCCCCUGAGCCAGUCGUCAGGCUGUCUGAGCCUGUCUUUCCAUUACACCCUCCAUGGCCGGUCUCCUGGCGCAGCCCUCACCAUCUAUGCUUCUGUCUCAGGCAGCAUCUGGAAACAUGCUCUUUUCUCAGGACAAUCUGGACCCAACUGGCAGGCUGUUUCUGUCAAUUUCACCGGCCAGGGGCAGAUUCAGUUCAUUGUGGUGGGCAUGUUUGGAAAGCUCCCAGAACCAGCCGUGGCAGUGGAUGCAAUCAGCAUUGCUCCGUGUGGGGAGCGCUUUCCUCAGUGUGACUUUGAAGAUGACGCCCAUCCCUUCUGUGACUGGGUCCAGAUAUCAGGCGAUGGUGGGCAUUGGACCUGGGGUAGUAAAAAUAUGUCCAUCCAUGGUACAGGCCCCUUUGGAGGGUCUCUUAAGAGAGGUGGCUAUAUCUACCUUGAAGCUGACAAGUUCUCCCACGCAGGCCAGUCUUUCAGACUCGUAAGCCCAUCCUUCUGUGUCCCGGGUGCAAUCUGUGUGGAAUUUACCUACUACAUGUAUGGCCUGGGAGAGGCCACUAAGCUGAAGCUCCUAUUGGGGAAUCCUGCGGAUAGUUCCCUAACUUCUGUCUGGCAGCGCAUUGGGUCUCAGAGCCCUGACUGGCUGAAAGCCUCCAUCACCAUCCCUUCAGGAUAUCGACAGCCCAUGCAGCUGAUACUUGAGGCCAUCCGGGGUACCAACACUGCCUUUAUUGUUGCUGUGGGUUUCAUCUUGAUCAAUCAUGGGACCUGUCAAAUCUUGGUGACGCCUUCUAGUCCUCCAAGUACCUCCAUGACCACUGUGACUCUGGCCACCACUACAACCCCUAGACCUACGACAGCCAGCUGCCCCCCGGAUGCCCACUACGAACCCUGCGCCUGUCCAGCAUCCUGCCAGAGCCCCAAGCCCAAAUGCGGGCUCUUCUGCAAGCCUGGCUGUGUCUGCAAUUCUGGCUUUUUGUUUAGCGACUCCCACUGCAUCAAUGCCUCUUCCUGCAACUGCUUCUACAACAGUAGUUACUAUAAGCCUGGGACAGAGUGGUUCAGCCCCAGUUGCACAGAACGUUGUCGCUGCUUGCCUGGCAGUCGGGUGGAGUGCCUGACCUCUCAGUGUGGGACCCACACGGUAUGCCAGCUGAAGAACGGCCAGUAUGGAUGUCACCCCUAUGGCACUGCCACCUGCUUGGUCUAUGGAGAUCCUCAUUAUCUCACCUUUGACGGGAGGCACUUUAGCUUCAUGGGCAAAUGCACCUACGUCUUGGCCCAACCCUGUGGCAACUCGACAGAGCCCUCCUUCAAGGUGGUGGUGAAGAAUGAGGAACGAGGACAGGAAGGCACGACUUGCCUGAGCAAAGUCUACGUGACACUGCCUGAGACCACCAUCACUCUGCUCAGGGGCCGGCGCACACUGGUUGGGGGUCAACAAGUCAUCCUCCCAGCCAUACCUUUUAAAGGCAUCUUCCUGACUCCAAGCGGGCGAUUUGUGGAGCUGCAGACUACGUUUGGUUUGCGAGUGAGAUGGGAUGGUGACCAGCAGCUGUUCAUGAGUGUGCCCAGCGCCUACUAUAGCAAACUCUGUGGUCUCUGUGGCAACUAUGACGGCGACAGUAGCAAUGACAACCAGAUGCCCGAUGGGAGGCCAGCACGAGAUGAGGAGGAGCUGGGCAACAGCUGGCAGACCGCAGAGGAUAUGGACAAGGGGUGCCAGAAGAACAAGGCAAAUCCCCCAUCUUGUAACUCAACCUUGCAGAACACUUUAUCGGGGCCAGAGUUCUGUGGACGGCUCGUGGUCUUUCAUGGAGCCUUUGAGGCAUGCCUGCCUCACCUCAUGGCUUCUGUCUUCUUCAACAAUUGCGUGCUUGACAUGUGUAACUUCCAGGGGCUGCAGCAGAUGCUGUGUGUUCAUAUGGCGGCCUUGACUGAGUCCUGCCAGGAUGCUGGCUACUUGGUGAAGCCCUGGCGAGAGCCCCAGUUCUGCCCUCUGGAUUGUCCACCCAACAGCCAGUACACCAUGUGUGCCAAGCUGUGUCCCAACACAUGCCAUUCAAGUUUCUCUGGCAUGUCCUGCCAGGACCGAUGCGUGGAGGGCUGUGAGUGCAACCCUGGCUUCGUCCUCAGUGGCCUCCAGUGCGUCCCUCGAUCCCAAUGUGGGUGCCUUGAUCCCGCGGGCCACUACUUCAUGUUAGAGCAGCAGUGGUUCAAACCAGGCUGCAGCGAGAUCUGUGUCUGUGAAAGCAACAACAAAAUUCGCUGUGCGCGCUGGAGGUGCCAGACCCAGGAAAUCUGUAGUCAGCAGGAUGGCAUCUACGGCUGCCAUGCUCAGGGGUCUGCCACCUGUACUGUCUCGGGGGAUCCCCACUACCUGACAUUCGAUGGAGCCCUGCACCACUUCAUGGGCACCUGCAGCUACACCCUGACUCAGCCUUGCUGGUCGUGGUCCCUCAGUAACCACUUUGUUGUGAGCACCACCAAUGAGUUCCAAGGUGGGAACUUGGAGGUCUCCUAUGUGAAAGCUGUCCACGUGACGGUCUUCAAACUCAGAAUCUCGCUGAUCAAAGGCCACAAGGUUAUGCUCAAUGGUCGCCGGGUGACCCUGCCUGUAUGGCCUGCAAGAGGUCGGGUAAGCAUUAGGCCCAGUGGCUCCUUUAUUCUCCUCUACACUGAUUUUGGGCUUCAAGUUCGCUAUGAUGGGAACCACCUUGUCAAAGUGACAGUGCCCUCCACUUACGCUGGCCGGCUCUGUGGGCUGUGCGGAAACUACAAUAACAACAGCUUGGAUGACAAUCUGAAACCAGAUAAAAGGCCCGCAAGCAACUCCAUCCAACUGGGAGCUGCCUGGAAGUCAACAGAAUACUCUGAACCUGGCUGCUUCUUCGAAGGUGGCAAGCCUCCCAGAUGCCAGGCGAGUGAAGUGGCAGACGCCUGGAAUAAAAACUGUAAUAUUUUAAUCGACCCUCAGGGACCUUUCUCCCAGUGCCACGAGGUGGUACCCCCACGCUCCAGCUUUGCCAGUUGUGUGCAUGGCCAGUGUGGGACCAAGGGUGACGCCCUGACCCUGUGCCGCUCCCUGCAGUCCUAUGCAUCCCUGUGUGCCCAGGCCGGCCGGACCCUUGCCUGGCGGAACCGCACCUUCUGCCCCCUGAAGUGCCCAUCUGGCAGCAGCUACAGCCCCUGCGCCAACCCCUGCCCUGCCACCUGCCUCAGCCUGAGCACCCCAUGGGAUUGCCCGGCAGCGCUGCCCUGUGUUGAGGGCUGUGAGUGCCAGAAAGGCCACAUCCUCAGUGGAACCUCCUGUGUGCCCCUCAGCCAGUGUGGCUGCACUGACCCAGGGGGCUCCUACUACCCGGUUGGGCAGAGCUGGUACACGGACAACACCUGCUCUAGGCUCUGCUCCUGCUCCACCUACAACAACAUCUCCUGCCUCCAAACCUCUUGCAAGCCUAGCCAAAGGUGCUGGCCCCUGGAUGGGCUAAUGCGCUGCCGGGGUGCAGGUAUGGGAGUGUGCCGGAUCUCAGACAACUCCCAUUAUGUGAGCUUUGAUGGCAGUUACCACGCCAUCAGGAGCACCUGCACUUUCGUCCUGGUGAAAACGUGCCACUUCACCAUGGACCUGCCUUUCUUCAAGAUCAGUGGAGAGAAUGGGAGGAGGGAAAGCCAACCCUCUGCUUUGUACCUCCGCCAGGUCAACAUUAACAUCUUUGAUUCCCUGAUCAUCCUGCAAAAGGGCCACCGUGUGUUGAUCAAUGGCAAACAGUUCACCCUUCCCUCGAACAACAAAGUCCGGGGUGUCAGCAUCUCUGCGAGUGGCAUCUACACCGUGCUCAGCGUGUACAUUGGGCUGCAAGUCAAGUUUGAUGGCAGUGGGUUUUUAGAGAUUGAACUCCCUGCAGCCUAUUAUGGAAAGGUCUGUGGCGUGUGCGGGAACUUCAAUGGUGAGGAAGAGGAUGAACUCAUGAUGCCCAGUGACGAACUAGCUCAGGAUGACACUGAAUUUGUGAAUAGUUGGCAAGAUAAGGAGGCCAACUCAACUUGCCGACAAGAUGAACAAAAGAAUGACCAGAGGAAGACUAAAAGAGAAAGUCAGGAGGAGCUAACUGCAAACUGCAGGCCCGAUUACCUAGAGAGAGCUCGGGAGCAAUGCCAAGGGGUCCUUCAGUCCCCGGCUUGGACUGAGUGUGCCGCCCACGUGGCCCUUAAGCCCUUUCUGCUCCGCUGUGCGCACAACCUCUGUGAGUCGAGGGGCCUAAACAACGCCCUCUGCGUGUCUCUGCAAGCCUUUGGGGCUGCCUGCCAGGCCCAGGGACUCAAGCCCCCGAUCUGGAGAAACAGCAGUUUCUGCCCUCUGGAAUGCCCCACCCACAGCACCUAUACAACCUGCGUUUCCUCCUGCUCACCCUCCUGCUGGGACCUGGACGGCCAGUGCAUGGGCACCGAAGUCCCCUCCACCUGCAAGGAGGGCUGCAUUUGUCAGCCUGGCUUCGUGCUCAGCGAGCAGCAGUGUGUGCCCAGGGCUCAGUGCGGCUGCAGGGAUGCCCGGGGCCGCUCCCUCCCCGCAGGGAAAACCUGGCUCUCCGGUGACUGCACCCAGAACUGUACCUGCAGAGCAGGAGCCAUUCAAUGCAGGCCCUUCAUCUGUCCCGCGGGCUCCCACUGCCAGCCCAACUCCAAUGGCAACGGCAGAUGCGUCCCCCGCAAGUUGAAACAAUGCUCAGUUUUUGGAGACCCCCAUUACCGAACAUUUGACGGCCUCAGCUACCGCUUCCAGGGCCGCAUGACCUACACUCUGAUCGAGACCGUGGACGUGCUCCCCAGUGGAGUGGCACGCCUGGUCGUGGGGGGGCGCAACAAAAUGUAUGUGCCCCUCGGCCUGAUCUUCCUGCAUGAAAUCAUCGUGAUGGUCUAUGGCUAUACUGUCCAGCUCCAGGCUGAACUGCAGCUUGUGGUCAACGGCCAGAAGGCGGCCAUCCCCUACAACCCCAACGAGCAUCUGCAGGUUAUCAUUCGAGGCCAUAGACUGUAUCUGAUCACUGACUUUGAGCUGGUUGUCAGCUUUGAUGGAAGGAACAAUGCAGUGAUCUCCCUGCCCAGCACAUACCAGGGGCUUGUGCGUGGCCUGUGCGGGAACUUUGACAAGAACCAGAAAAAUGAGUUUAUGCUGCCCAAUGGCUCCCUCACUGAGAACCUCAACAAUUUUGGCAACAGUUGGGAGGUGAAGAUCAAGGGAGGCCUUCCCCGCUUCUCAAGGGCCAUCCAAGAGGAGGAGGAGGAGGAGGAAGAGAAGUCGGGCUUCCCUGUGUCAGAACGCAGCCCGGAGCAGCUGGAGCUCAUCAACAGCACCCAGGCGUGCAGGGUGCUGGUGGACCCCCAGGGCCCCUUUGCUGCUUGUCGCCAGACCGUGGCCCCAGAGCCCUUCCAGGAGAACUGUGUGUUUGAUCUGCGUGUCACCCGGGACCCCAAGGAGCGGGAGGAGCUGCACUGCCAGGUUCUCAGUGGGAACGCCAUCAUCUGCCAGGAGGCAGGCGCUGCGCUGGCCAGCUGGCGGGACCGCACCCACUGCGCCUUGGCGUGCCCAGCCAACACCAUCCAUCAGAGCUGUGCGACACUGUGCCGCAACUCCUCUUCCGACCUGGGGGCCCCCAGGGACUGUGAGGACCCCUGUGUGGAAGGCUGUGCCAGCCUCCCCGGCUACAUCUACGGUGGUGUCCAGAGCCUCCCCCUGGCCCUCUGUGGCUGCACUGACAUUGGCAUCUACUACCAGAGGAGUGACAGCUUUGUGACUGAGGAUUGCUCUCAGCACUACACCUGUGCCAGCCCAGGGGUCCCGCUGUGUGAGCCCCUCAGCUGCAGCAGUGGGGGACCCUGCGCCUCGGGGACCCUCACCCAUGGCUGCUUCCCAGAAAGCCCAUGUCUGCAGCACCCCUGUCAGAAUGAGGGACACUGUCAGGAGCAGGGCACCCGCUUCACCUGUGAGCGUGAAUUUGAUGAUGGAGGAGACCCCUGCAUGGAACUUCAGGAUGUGCUAUCCCUGGAAAACCCAGAAGUGUCCUACUUUGUGGUCCUCCUGUUGGGAAUGCUGCUGCUCAUGGUGGUCAGAGUGCUGGCCGUGAUCAGAAAACGUGUUUUCAAGAAGAGGAGGAGGAGGAGGGAGAAAAUGCAGAGCCAGAACAGAGACUGGCUGGCAGCGCAGGAGGCCUCCUCAGAGGACUUGGCCUCUGAGCUUCCUUACCUGGCCGUGAAAAGUGGUCCUGAGGAGUUUGACAUUUCUAACGACCAGAAGACUUGCUUGGUAGAAGUUAAGAAUGGGAAAUGUGACUUUUUCCAAAGAGUGAACCGGCCUGUGCCCCUCUGA